GAUUGGGCGUCAUGGAGUCACGCGGUGUUCAAUCGCUCUGCCCUACCUCGAGCAUUCGCUGAACGCGAUCUUGUCUGCCAGCUUUAGCAGCGGUUCUAUCUGGAUCCUCCGUACACAACCUACGACAAUUACUGAUAAUUACUGAAGACCUUUUCUUCUUUUGGGAGACCGUUCUCACCAUGGGCGACAAGAAGAGCCCUACCAGGCCGAAAAGACAAGCUAAACCAAGUGCUGACGACGGAUAUUGGGACUGUAGCGUCUGCACCUUCAAGAACAGUGCAGAGGCUUUUAAAUGCAGCAUCUGCGAUGUGAGGAAGGGCACAUCGACAAGGCCAACCAAGGACGGCAGCAGCAGGGUUACUGGGUCCAGCAGACUCUGGCAGACAGAGACAAACACAGGAGAGAGGAACUUGAGGAAACCCAGGAUCAACUCCCAGCUGGUGGCCCAGCAGGUGGCUCAGCAGUACGCCACGCCUCCCCCACCCAAGAAGGAGAGGAAGGAGAGGCCUGAGAGGGAGCACGACCCAGACGGGGAGCUGGUGGAUGUGGAGGGGGAGCACCAUGAGGGAGUGCGUCCGGAGAGAGUAAGGCCAGAUGAAGAAGAAUCUCCCCUGGAUAACGGCAGGAAGGAGACACCGGACAAUGAGAAAGUGAAAGAGGUAAAAGCGGAGGAGGAGAAAGAGGAGGAGAAAGUGAAAGAGGAUGAGAAAGAGGAGAAAGAGAUCAGCCCAACCAGGCCCAUCACCAAGAGACCCAGCCUCAAGGAGAUCAGCCCAACCAGGCCCAUCAUCAAGAGACCCAGCCUCAAGGAGAUCAGCCCAACCAGGCCCAUCACCAAGAGACCCAGCCUCAAGGAGAUCAGCCCAACCAGGCCCAUCACCAAGAGACCCAGCCUCAAGGAGAUCAGCCCAACCAGGCCCAUCACCAAGAAACCCAGCCUCAAGGAGAUCAGCCCAACCAGGCCCAUCACCAAGAAACACAGUCUCAAGGAGAUCAGCCCAACCAGGCCCAUCACCAAGAAACACAGCCUCAAGGAGAUCAACCCAACCACGACCAUCACCAAGAAACCCAGCCUCAAAGAGAUCAGCCCAACUAGGCCCAUCACCAAGAAACCCAAUAACAAAGAGAUCAGCCUAGCCAGGCCCAACAUCAAGAAACCCAACAUCAAAGAGAUCAGCCUAGCCAGGCCCAUCACCAAGAAAUCCAGCAUCAAAAAGAUCAGACCCAAGACAGACAUUCACCAGAGUCCACCUAGUGAUAAACACAGUGUACAAUCUGGGAAGUCAACAACCAAGACCAACAACUCUCACAUCUCCAGGCCCAAACUGAAGAAUAUUGACCGGAGCACCGCCCAGCAGCUAGCGAUAACGGUGGGGAACGUGACGGUCAUCAUAACAGACUUUAAGGAGAAGACCCGCUCCUCCUCCACAUCCUCGUCCACCGUGACAUCCAGCGCAGGCUCUGAGCAGCAGCAUCAGAGCUCCGGCUCCGAGAGCAUGGACAAGAGCUCGACUCGCACCUCCACUCCCAAAGGAGAGCUCUCUGUGGGGCAAGAUGAGUCCUUCUGAGCCCUCCAGUCCAGGUGCUCUGAGAGGACUCUGUGGAUGGGAUCCCUUAGGGGGAGAUAUUUCACCUUCCUACUGCUGCCCUACCCCCUGCAUCCAUCUCCAUUCCAUCACCAUCCCUGGAUGCUGAGAGAGCUCGCUGAUUGGAGCGGCCCCAGCGUGUGCCUGAUGGUUAAUGUCUAACCAUGGGUACACGUUGUGCAUGGCCCAUGCGGGAGAGUGGGGCUGACAGGAAUAAUGUAUUGUUUUAUAUUUGUAUGUGGAUAUGUGGCUGAUUCAACGUUUUUGUAUAAAGAAAUUAUCUGCA